AUGGCAGCAUUGAUUGCUCUUUCCACAGCCCCCACAGCUCUUUCUUUUACCCUCAAGGAGUUGCUGCUGCGCUCUUACGAAAAGAAGCAGCAGUUGCUGCUGCUGCAGCAGCAGCAGCAGACUGCUGCGGACGACGACAGCGGGCGCUCGCUGCCGCUGCUGCAGCAGCAGCAGCAGCGGCAAGCACAGCAGCAGCACGAAGACGGGCAGGAGCAGCUGCUGCAGCAGCAAAGCGGCAGAACUGGAGGCCCCAACCAGCAGCAGCAGCAGCAGCAAGCACAGCAGAGCGUCCGCAGCAGCAGCAGCAGCAGCAGCAGCAGCAGCACUGCAGCAGCAGGAAACAGAAGCAGCUUGGCGCUGCUGCUGGUCUGUUGGGGCGGAACAGUCAGCUCUCUCUUUUGGUGCAUCCUUUUGGCUCCCGUAAAUGCAUUCAUUGUCAAGCCCCUCUGCCAGCACGCGCCCCUCGCCUACGGCGUCUACGCCCUCAUCAACUUGCUUUUCAAUUUCGCCGCGCUUGCACUGAUUGCUACUGGCUCCUCCCUUCUGAGCUUUUUGGCCAUGAAGGCAAUUUUGCCUUUUGCUGUUUUGCUGUACGCGCUGCUGCCGCUCCCGCUGCUGCCAGCAGCAGAUGCUGCUGUGUCUGCUGCAGUCCUGGUGAGUCUGCUGCUGCUGCUGCUGCUGCUGCUGCUGCUGCUGCUCCCGCUGCUGCCAGCAGCAGGUGCUGCUGUGUCUGCUGCAGUCCUUAUUUCUCUUUCUUUAAUUCUCUCGGGAGUCAUUUUGUUCCACCUGGAAAGCGUGAGGUGUAUGAACACCUACGCCGGCGGCAACCCGCCCUGCUGCUGGCCGCUGCGGGGCUGCCGGUUUUUGAAUUAA